AUCAAGUCAGAACCCAGCGAAUUUUCGAUCCAUAACUUAGAGGCUCGCCCCCGGCAGCGUGAAGAAUGGGAUGGAGUCCGGAACUAUGCCGCUCGCAAUCACAUACGUAGUAUGCGGGAGAAUGACCGAUGCUGGUUUUAUCAUAGUGCGUGUAAGACUCCAGCAAUUGUCGGGACUUGCCGCGUAGUACGGACCGCUGCUCCAGAUGCUACGGCGUUGGAUUCUAAUCACCCGGGCUACGAUCCUAAAUCGACAGCUGAAUCGUGUCGAUGGGAUUCGGUGUUGGUAGAAUUGGAAAGCAUUUUCGAAAGCCCGAUUACGUUGAAAGAAUUGCGUGCGCAGGCUAAAAUCAACAAAACUGUGGCCAGUAUGACGAUUCUGAAAAUGUCCCGUCUCAGCGUAACUCCUGUU